GAUAUUUAUAUUGAAAUCGCCUAAAAUCAUAGUAAAUUGGUUUCCCUGUUGCGCUAUGAUUGUAAAUAGUUCCCUCAAAGCACCUUCCAAAACGACUUAGAGCAAUUAUGCUCUUUAUAUACAGUACCGCAGAUUAUGUCUUCUAUGCGUAAAUAUAAUUUCAAUUCAUGAUUGCCUGGUAUAUUAUUCAAUCAUUAGAACACUUUUGCCAAUAUCCCUAGAGUUUUAAGAGUUGGCUAUUUAUAGGAGUCACUGUUAAACUUGAAAAUAAUAAUUAGAYAGGUAAUGUUCCGAGUCGAUAGAUUCAUUACGAACUCACUCUAAUGAUGCUAAAAUUAAAACGUAAAAAUCUAUUUUGAAAGAGAUCAAUGAUAUUGGUAUUGCUAUCAUUCAACCGGAUUUACUUUAUUUAAGAAUUAUUUAUUAUGUUACUUGGCUCAGUUAUAUCACAGCUCACAGAAAAAAAUCUGUCUUUAAAAUCUACUUUCGCCCUAAAUGUCGUCUAACUGGUCCACGUUUAUGUUUUWAAAGCUGAUGUAGGUAUAGGUUGUCCAUAAUGUAAAUAGAUGUCAACUUCCUCAUUCAGGAGCACGCGCAACAGCUAACCGUGCCAUCGGUAGAAUAUUAAUAAGAAUUUAGACACUUUCUGCUAGUAUGAAAUAUUUUAUUUUACGAGUAUGGUAAAAGCUGUAAAAGCUAGGAGUUAAUUAUCACUCUGAUUCAAGGCAUUGCGUCGACGAAUCAUGAUCCUGAACCAAUGAUCAUCUGUCAUUCUGAUCUUAUCUUGUCAUAACCAGUUURACUAGUUAUCUAACGUCAUAUCUAUGAAUUAUAAAUAGGAUAUAGUAUAACCACCAUUSUCUUGUACACCACACUACAURAGAGAGACWAYACACUACACUWCGACUGAAUUGAUCURAAAAUCGUGCAACGUCYGAGUCUUGCAUACGUACUCUGCACCUCUUCAAGAAUAAGCUCAGUCAAUGCCAKAACAAAAUACGUCUCUUUUAACAGCUGUACAGCUUUUCACCUACUGAUGUAGGUAGCCAUGGUUUUUGCUUUCUUUCUGUGGAUGUUCCUUCAAACGUCUCAUUGGACAUGCACUACUCAAAGGGAUUUCAACAUUUCUUUUCACAACCAGACGGCGAACUCAUCUCAAUAUGAUUUUACGGAGAGUCCUGAAGAAGAGAGCGCUGUUGUAAAUCUAAAUCACAUAUUCGCCAAACAUUCGGCACCUCCGCAUUCUCCAGGACUGCAGUGUGCUGAUAAUUAUGUAGUGGAUAAAAGAAACAAUAUAUGCAGAGAGAAGUUACCUUCUCCAACGGUUGCUAUGUCACGCUCUAAAUACCAUUUCAUCAAUGGAAGCGAGACAACCAACAUGACUAAUGUUACCAAUGUCUUUUGGAGAAUGAACUGCUCAAAUCAAUCGCUUUUAAUGGUCGACGAAGGAGACUUUUUGGUCUUGGAAAAUAAAUCUGUGUUUGUGAACGCUUCAAAGAUGACUUAUGAUAAGUCAGAAUAUAUCUGGAUGAAUCGCAGUGUCUUGGUGUGUGUCAAUCAUGCUGUUGCCUAUCAAAUUAAUUGUUCGGGAAAUUGGGGACUGAUGAACGAAAGCGAAUACUCGAUUCUGUCCAACAAAUCCAUUUAUGUGAACGCUUCUCUUAUGCUAUACGAUCCACCGAAAUUUAUUUGGAAUAAACAAAAUCUUUAUGUCUGCGAUAACCUUUUCGUAGACUCUGACAACAGGAAUAUCAUGUCAAACGAAGAUGAUGAUAUCAUUUCGGAUUUGACAAUUGUAUGCAUGUCAAUAUCGAUUUUUGCACUGGUCUUUGUCCUCAUCACCUAUUCCUUGUUCACCGAGCUAAGAACACCACCAGGUAUUAACCUCAUGAACCUCAGCGUUGCCAUUCUGCUCUCACAACUCUUGUGGCUUGUUGGAAGUAAACAACUGACUGACAAACCCAUGGUUUGUACUGCCAUCGCUGUUCUUCUUCACUACUUUUUCCUGGUUUCUUUCGUGUGGACGUCCAUCAUCGCAUUUGACACUUGGAGGGCCUUCACUGCAAAACGGAGACGUUCCAUGGUUGACUCGAAGCGCAAAAGACUGCUGCAUAGCUUGCGAUAUAUGGCUGUUGGAUGGCUGUCUGUCAUGGUGUACGUUUCAAUCUGUGUGGCUCUUGACCAAUCACAGACAGUCGCCAUAGGAUAUGGGUCACGUGUAGCCUGCUGGAUUACUAACUUCGAUGCCAAAUGGAUUUUCUUUGCAACUCCUCUGGGGCUCGUCACCGUCUUCAACAUUGUCUUCUUCUCCAUGACGGUAAAAGCGAUCAGGUCUACCCGUAGCCAAGCCAGAAUGAUAUCAGUCAGUUAA